GGAAAAUAGGACAGCACAUUUGGUGCACACUCGUACCAGCACAUUGCAUCAAACAUGAAUCUACUAAAUGCUGCUUGUUUUUUCAUCAUUCUGUAUGUGGUUAUCACGUCUUGUGAGCCUGUUGCGCAUGCAGCAGAACAGUGUGUACAGGGUCCACCAGGAUUGCCUGGCAGAGAUGGCCAGGUUGGCAGGGAUGGGCUUCCGGGCCGGGAUGGAACAGAGGGCAAUUCUGGAACCAAGGGAGAAAUAGGAGACAGUGGUGCGCCAGCUACAUGCUCAUGUCCUGCCAGGAACAUCAAGCAGUGUGCGUGGUGGGACCGUAACCUUGACAUAGAUAGUGGACUCAUCAGUACAUGCAAGUUCAACAAGAUUAGCUCACACACAGCACUGUAUGUCAUCUGGCAUGGCAAUAUACGACUGAUACACACAGCGGGGACAAGCGGCGCAUCCUGUGCACGGUGGUACAUAACGUUUAAUAACGAGGAGUGCAUCAACCCGACCAGCAUCGACGGCACAAUGUUGACCAAACUAACCAAUGAGAACCAGCACAUUCCAACGACUAUUCAGGGCAUAUGCAUGGGCCAACCUGCAGGAACAAUAGAUGUAGCACUGCAGCUAGGAAACUGUCGCCCAUGGCCCGGUGGCCUUGGCCAAGGAAAUCGAUACACCAGCUGGCACAGCACCUCACGCAUAAUUAUCGAGGAGAUGGACUACACUUAUUAAAGAAACUCUGCAUAUAGGUUUCAGUAACUGGGCCUUUGCGCUAACACCAAUUUUUCACGUUAGCAUUAUUAUCACCCUAGCUGCUAUCAAGUGCCUGUGUACAGGCUAGUUGCUUACAGGCUGGCUUCUAUGCCAGCAACAAAGCUGUACUUAAAAUAAACCUUGCAUAUUAUAAACGUGCUAAAAGCACGGCUUUCGCAAAAACACCAACUCUGCAUUUCUCCUUGGCUACUGCGCUUUCUCACUAGCACUAAACAUGUAUGACAGCCUGGCAUUGCAAAGCAAUAAUGCAUAAUUUAUUAACGCAUCAAUACUUGCAAAUG